AUGCUCUCAACCUCUUCCCAUGAGGGGGCCACCUGUCCUGCCUUCAAGGGACCCCUGAAGGACGCAAUGACAGCCACCUGUGGACACACCUUCUGCCAGCUGUGCCUCCUCCCGCCCUCCCAGAUGGGGGCCCAGCCCUCUGCCAGAGUCCUGCUCUGUCCACUGUGCAAGGAGAAGGAGCAGAAGGAGACCCUCAUGGUCCCUGUGCCCCUGGGUCCUCUGGGGGAGACUUACUGUGAGGAACAUGGUGAGAAGAUUUACUUCUUCUGCGAGAAUGAUGCUGAGCUCCUCUGUGUGUUCUGCAGGGAGGGUCCGACCCACCAGGCACACACUGUGGGAUUCCUCAACGAGGCCAUUCAACCCUACCGGGACCAUCUCAGGAGUUGGAUGGGGGCUCUGAGCAUGGAGAGAAAUGAGAUUGAAGACAUAAAGAGUCAGGAAGACCAGAAGCUCCAAAUGCUUCUGACUCAGAUUGAAAGCAAGAAGCAGCAGAUGGAAGCAGCUUAUGAGAAGUUGCAGCAGGAGCUAGAAGAACAGCAGUGUCUCCUGCUGGUGAGGCUGAGGGAGCUGGAGCAGCAGAUCUGGAAGGAGAGAGAUGAAUAUAUCUCGAAGGUUUUGGAGGAGGUCGCCCGACUUGGAACCCAGGUCAAGGAGCUGGAGGAGAAGUGUCAGCAGCCUGGAAGUGAGCUUCUACAUAAUCUAACUGGCUACCAACUUGUCUGAAGGUGUGAGAUGAAGACAUUUGUGAGUCCAGAAGCCAUUUCUCCUGACCUUGUCAAGAAGAUCCACGAUAUCCACAGGAAAACUCUCCCCCUCCCAGAGAUGCUGAGGACAUUCUCAGACAACUUGGCGCAUCAUCUGGAACCAGAUUCAGGGGUGUUCGUUCUGGACCCUCAGACCGCCAGCCGGAGCCACGUCCUCUCCGAGGACAGGAAGUCCGUGACGUACACUCGGCAGAAGCAGGACCUGCCCGACAGCCCGCUGCGCUUCGAGGGCCUCCCGGUGGCGCUCUCCUCGGGGCGCCACUGCUGGCAGGUGGAGGUGCAGUUGGGCGCCGGCGGCGGCUGCACGGUGGGGGUGGCGAAGGAGGAGGUGAGGAGGAAGGGGGAGCAGGGCCUGAGCGCGGACGAGGGCCACUGGGCCGUGAUCAUCUCGCACCAGCAGUGCUGGGCCAGCACGGCCCCCGGCACCGACGUGCGGCUGAGCGACAUCCCGCGCCGUGUGGGCAUUGCCCUGGACUACGAGGCGGGCCGGGUGACCCUACGCAACGUCGAGACCCAGGCGCCCAUCUUCACCUUCACCGCCUCUUUUUCCGGCAAAGUCUCUUUCUUCGCUGUCUGGAAAAUAGAUUCCCGCCUUACUUUGCUAGGCUGA